AUGGGGAUCCUAAAGAUGAAAGGAAACCUGGUGUCUAACAAGUUAGUUACCUGCCUCGACGAGAUGGUCCAAGGUCGGGAAACGCCGCAUGACGGCCGAACUGACGGAACGCAGGAUCAAGAUAAAGGACAAAUUCAGGUAGCGUAUCAGAGUCCUUCGGAGGAUACGGCUGUCUUCGUCGUUGGAGCCAACGUAGAGAGCUAGCGCGUGCAUUAUCCUACAAAACACAUUGUUUUAGCCAAAUUUAUUAUAAUUUUUUAACAAAAAAUAAUUAAAAGUUUGGUAUACUUCGAUAUAGUCGAUAUAUUCUGCUAAUAUGCUGUAUGAGCAAUCCUCUCAUAAAUAG